ACUUCCGGUAACAAAUACGGAAGUUGUUAAAAAGGUUGAUUAAAAUCCCACAGUGCCCGUUCGAGCUCACCUUAUUCGGACAGUCAGUCUUCAGGAACUCUCCUCUCUCUCUCCCAACAUUGAAUUAAACAAUGUCUGACAAAGCGCAAGUGAACCUAACUGGGGUCAAACAGAGUAAAGGCGUGUGGCUGGUUAAGGUUCCCAAGUAUUUAUCCGAGCAAUGGGACAAGGCCCCUGAAAAGGGAGAAGUUGGGAAGAUUACCAUCGGAAAGAAGCUAGGCAAAACAGAGGUAUCCUUCAGCCUGGACGCGGAGCUGACGGCCCGCGGCGGUGUGGGGGAGAACGAUGCAUCCACGCAGGUCCCACGAGAGCAUCCCUUCACUAUGCACACAGCGGGUGGACAGACCUUGGCUGUCUUCAGCCAGGGCGAUGGAGAUGAAAUCCGCCUGGAGGGGAUGGUGGUGCACAGAGCUGAAUGCAGACCGGUCGUCAACGACGACUACAUGAGGCUGAAGAAGCUGCAGCUCAAAGAGUCCACAAAACCUCAGCGUUUGUCACAGCAGCUGGAAAGAGCCGUCACGACCAUCUUCAAGCCCAGGGCCGACCACGAUUUCAAUCUGGAGCACGACAAGAAGAAGAAGACUGACGGGAAGAUGGUGCGAGCGGAGCGGCAGGUCGUGUUGGACAUGCUCUUCUCUGCCUUUGAGAAGCACCAGUAUUACAACAUUAAGGACUUGGUGGACAUCACCAAACAACCUGUUACCUACCUGAAAGAGAUCAUAAGGGAAAUCGGCGUGUACAACAGUAAGGGGACUCACAAGAGCACCUGGGAGCUGAAGCCGGAGUACCGGCACUACCGGUCUGCUGAGGAAGAGGAGGAGAUGCAGACGGCGUGAAACCACAGGCGUUGCGGGAAUAAUUUACUUUGUCAUUAGGGGGAAAAGGUCUGAUGCAUCAGCUGAGACAGCACUUCAUCUUCAUCAUAAAAUAAAACUCAAUUUCAAGAAUUUUGUUGGCUUGAUAAAUUUACUUUCCCCCCUGCAGUCCCAAUUGCAUUCUGUGUCUUUAGUUUGUUCUUCUGGAGGUGAAAUGCAUUCUGGGAUAUUUGAAAGUACUGAGAAGCAGACUUCUGGUCGAGUAGGAUGUGAGUGACAAGGUCAGCAGCUCAUUUAACUUUACGCAUGUGAGGCUCAAUCCGCAUGAAACUAUUUGAGCCAGCAGUCUUGAUUUUUAUAGCAGUUAGUAAAACAUUUUCCAUUUGUAUAUCUUUCAAAUGCACAUGUC